ACACUGUGUCAGCCCAUGAAAUCACAGGGGCCCACGUGACACCAUCAGAACAUGGAGGAAACACUGUGUCGGCCCAUGAGAUCAUAGGGGCCCACGUGACACCGUCAGAACAUGGAGGAAACACGGUUUCAGACCAGGAGAUCACAGGGGCCCACGUGACACCAUCAGAACAUGGAGGAAAGACCAUGUCAGACUAUGAGAUCACAGGAGUCCACAUGACACCAUCAGAACAUGGAGGAAAGACCGUGUCAGACUAUGAGAUCACAGGAGUCCACGUGACACCAUCAGAACAUGGAGGAAAGACUGUGUCAGCCCAUGAGAUCACAGGAGUUCACGUGACACCAUCAGAACAUGGAGGAAACACUGUGUCAGACCAUGAGAUCACAGGAGCUUACCCAACACCUCCAGAACAUGGACAAAAGACCACACUGACCCAGGAGAGGACCAUGGAAGCCCAAACAGUGCCUCUAGAUCAUGGUGAAAAGACUACAUCAGCCCACAAGAAGACAACACAAAUCUUAUUAAAGUCCACACAACACCCAGAAGAGACCACAUCAACCACAGAUAAAACCACAAAGAUCUCCAAAAAUCCUAUAAUAUACCCAAAAAAGACCACACUGAUCCCUGAGACCACAAAAAUCCUCAUAAAAUCUACAGAAAAAACAGCAGCAGCAGCAACAGUCACAGAGGCUACAGGACAUACAGUCAAGACCGCGGGAGACAAAUCAAUCACUGUUACCUCUCCUCGUUUAAAGAAAACUGAGGUCUCCCAUCAAGGGGCUCUUGGUUCUUUGACGCUCACCACAUCCCGAGUGGACCAGAGGUCCACCACGUCAGAAGCCCCAGGCAGCAAGAGUCACCCACAGCAGAAUAACAACGGCUCACAGACAGGCCCCCAUGCUGGAGAGAUGAGGGGAGAGGACUCAUUCCCUGCGUGGGCCAUAGUGGUUGUGGUCCUGCUGGCUGUGAUUCUCCUGCUGUUGUUCAUUGGUCUGAUCUUGGUGCCCUGCCUGACUCGAGCCCGCCGUGCACUGAGCCGGCACGCUGAGGACAGUGACCUACGGGACCAGGAGGGCCCUAACUCCUACCCGGUCUACCUGAUGGAGCAGCAGAAUUUGGGCAGGGGGCAGAUCCCUUUCCCACAGUGAUCUUUUAUUAGGCACCCAACCCCGGCUCUUCCAGGCUCUGCUGCUCUCCUGGAUGAUGAAUUAGACCGCAAUUCCUACUUCCCGGACUCCAGGAAGGGCAGAGAAUACCCACAAUGCACAGCGUCAGUCCACUGCCAGCCUUGUGCUUAGCGGAGGGACAAGUGGAGGGUGGGUGGUGAUGAGGAAGGAUGCAAGCUUUGAGGAAGGAGGAGAAAUGAUGGACCCAGCAGGCGUUCACUGCGAGGGAGAAGCUACUUCAGGGACCAGUGGGCUGGGGACCAGCACAGGUGCUGAGUACUGGGCUGCAGGAGGGGCUUCGGAAGCUCAGACGGAGCUGAGGGCGGGGACUUGGGGAAGCAGAGAAAACACAGACAGGGCUCCCUCGUUCCCAGGACUGAUAGACAUAAUUUUUGUGUCUGAGUUCCCAGAAUAUUUGCCCUUCCUUCUUAAGUGAAACCAAACCAGGCCAAGGGAAGCCAAAGCAAACCAGGCUCCAAGCAGAAAAGAAGAUUCUGUCUCUAUCCUUUGGAGGAAGAAAGUCCUGGGAUGAUCGCCAGUGUCUCCCUUGAGCUGGCUCCUCUCUCCUCCCGAGCUGUUCAGCUUUCCAGACAUCACGGUGGGUUUCCUGCUGGUUCGGGCGGAGGGCCGGGCUCUGCGUUUGGCUAGAAGUCUCCUGCAGCCCUUGAGGCCCCAGGCCUUCCCCGAGCCAGCCCGGGUUCACCUUCUUCGAGGCCGUCCUCCUCCUGUCCUCGCACCUUCGCCCCAGGCUCCGAGGUCCCCGCGUCCCCUCUGCAUGUGCUGUCUGGGUUUUCUAAAGUGUGGCACCCUGUCCCCUAUGACUGCUUGGGUAGAGGGGAAGGGGCAGAAUGGAACAUUUCCUUCUUUUGGAUUUUUUAAAAAAUAAAGUGCACUGUAUUUAUAAA